AUGGUAACGAAAAAGUUUAUUGACAACCCUGAUACGGCCGUGGACACGGCAGUGACUGCGCUCUGCACGGCGCGGCCGGACCUGCAGGUCAUUGAAAACACCCAUGUGGUGGUGAAGCGCGAAAUUGACCCAACCAAAGUCCUCCUUAUCUCCGGAGGUGGUGCUGGACAUGAACCUGCUCAUGUGGGUUUUGUCGAUUCUGGCUGGUUGAGUGCCGCUGUCUCUGGAGACGUUUUUGCAUCGCCUCCCAGCAUUCAUGUAACCGCUGCUAUUGAUUACCUGCAUGGUAAACAAGGUCCUAAUGGUCCUGGAAUCCUUGUUGUUGUCAAAAACUAUCUUGGAGAUAUUUUGAACUUUCAGUUUGCUGUUCACGAGGCCCAAGAGAGAGGCAUAAAUGUGGAGAUGGUGAUGGCAGCUGAUGAUGCUUGUUUUGGCGUGCAUGACGUCACCCGUCGCCGCGGAAUUGCGGGAACAAUCCUCCUGUACAAAAUCCUUGGGGCUUCUGCCGUGAGGGGCGCCGACAUGGCGGCAUUGAAACAGCUUGCCGGUCGUAUCUCAAGUGGAAUGCGCUCUAUUGGGGCGUCCCUUUCCUCGUGCUCGCUCCCUGGAUCAGAACCAUUGUCAGUGGUGCCAGACGGCUUCGUUGAAGUGGGACUCGGCAUUCAUGGCGAAAAGGGACUGUACCAGAUGCCAUUUAAAGGCGCAAAGGCGCUCGUUUCCCAUCUGCUUGGCAUCUUGCUUGCCGGUGGGGAAAAGCGUGACACCCACGCCCAAGGAGACACGAGCAAGGAUUGGGCGGGAGCAAAAGUGGCACUUUUGGUUAAUAAUUUGGGUUCCACGACCGAUAUUGAAAUGAAGAUUCUCGCACGUUACGCCUUGGAGCAACUUCGGGAGGCCGGCAUGAAUGUGGUUGGUGUAUCUGUAGGUAGAUACAUGACAGCGUUGGAGAUGCAUGGUUUUUCAUUUACGCUGUUGCGGUUUUCUAACCACGAUGAUAUUGCCUUCUUAUUUGAGCAACAACAAGCAUCACUUAUGCCGUUCACCGUUCCACAGUUCUCCCUUGUCCCUGCCCCAGGCCCUCGCACUGCCCUGCAGUUGGCGCGGCAGGAACAAUGUGGGACGCAGUGCCGUGGUGACUUGGGUCGAGCCCUUGAAGCCGUAUUUCAAGUUUUGAAGGGCAGCGAAGAGUACUUGAAUAAGCUUGAUGCUGCGGUUGGUGACGGUGAUAUUGGAAGUGGAACAAAGCGUGCCGCUUUGGGGGCCUUGGAGCUUAUCCCCCACCUUCCCUUGCAGACAAACGUGGGCAAAUCGUUUGCCUUGCUUGCAAAGAUGGUGGCUGAUGCGUUUGGUGGAUCCUCCGGACCAUUGUAUGGGGCCUUUCUACUGGCUGCUGGCGCUGCAGCCUCAGAGACCAUGCGUGUGGAUGGUGCGAGCAGCGUGGAUGCUAUCCGGGCGGGGUUGCGGGCUGGCAGCGCUAAUAUUCAGCGUAUUGCACGCUCCAAGAAGGGUGAGCGGACGAUGGUGGAUGUUCUCGAGGCGCUGAACGAAAGUCCCAGAGUGAAUGCCGCCACUUCCGUCCAAGAAUUGGCUCGCGCCUGUGCCGAAGUGGCGAAGAGGGCCGCUGCAGAAACGGCGCUAUUGCCCGCGAAGCACGGUCGCAGUCGCUACCUCCAGGGGAAGGAGGUGGGGCAACAGGACCCUGGCGCCGAGCUCGUUGUACUUUGGGUUGAGGCCGCGGCAAGCGCGCUUCUGCCCCGAGGCAACCUAUGA